AAACCCAUGGCUGCCGAGUUGUGUCUCUGAGCCACGUGACCACCCCAGGUCAUGUGACCUGGGAGCGCGGCCGCGGAGGUCUGUUACCCUGACGACCGCAGGCCCGCACGGACCUUCGGGAAAGCGCGGGAUUCAGAGGCACAGGUUGGUGAGCUGUGGACGCUCACCUUCUAAACCACCUUGGCCGAGGUUGUGCCUUAAGGCUUUCCUUUGUCGGGUCAGGCUCCUCUUGCGCCUGGACCCUACUGCAAAGGCGCCUUCGUUUACCUGUCAGCCUCCAAACCCGCGCUUCCUGAAGCCAGGACACCGCCAGGCUGAGGGCCUUUUGGUGGAUCGCGCCUCUUACCAAGCUGUUGAACAAAACCUUAACCGCGAUCGCUCUGGCCUGGUCCAGAAUGCUGAUAAAGGGAGGAAGUGUAGUUCUGCGAAUUAGGAAAGCAUCACUGUUGUAAAUACUUCAGAAUGUUUGCUUUGGGAAAUGAAAAUUAUUGACAAUGGCUCAUUAUUCUAAAGAAGAGCUGGAUGAACAAUUUGAACAGUUUAUGAAGGAGCUUUCAGACGAUUCUUUUGACAAGUCAAACAGAACACCUAGACAACCUACAGAAGGAGUGAAGAAGAAAGAUACAGUACCUUGGUGGUUAACUGAAGAUGAUGGACUACUUGGAACAAACAUAAGCUAUUUGAAGACAAAGAAGACUUCUCACCCAGCGAUGGAAACAGAAGAAGAGUCUGCUGAAAAAUCUCAGCUUCUUAAGAGCAGUGGAACAUCUAUCUUAAGUGUUGACAGUUUGGAGACAAAUGAACUCAUAGUUUCUGAGCUCAGUCAUAGUGUUCUUGGAUUGGGAUUGGACACGUUAGAAGAACAAGAAGAGAAAGAACAAUUUUUUUCCAGGCUUGAGAAAGGCUUGACAUCAUCCAUUGACUAUUCAAGGUUAAACAAGGAAUUGGAUUCCAAUGACUCCACACAUUUUAAAGGUGUAACCAGUUUUGAAGCUAACAUAGGACUAACUGAAGAUGAGCAUGAGAAUGAAUCAAAACAUGAACAAUUGCCAGAAAACUACAGUGAUGACUUUGAAGAUGCAGAGGAUGUUGCCACCUGUUUGACUACUAAAGAUGAAGAGACUCAUUCCAAAGAAAAUCCCAAAUCAGAAGAAGUAAAUAUACCCAAACCGAUAGAAGAAAAAACUGGAAUGCUGGCUAAUGUUGUGCUCCUUGAUUCAUUGGAAUCUAUUGAGGAUGCCAACCUUGGUGAAGCAACAAGUAAGCCAAAGGCCCUGCCAGACACAACUGAUAAUGAAACGACAGGAACGGAUAUUUCUUAUGGACAAAGCAGUAGUGACCUGGAAGCCCUACAUCAGGCGUAUUGUCAUAUAGCUCAUUCUUUGGGAGAUGCAGAUGGACAAAGGACUGAAAGUAACACAAUGGAAAUUAUCAAGAGCUCAGUGAAUGAUCAUCCUCAGGAAAAUGAGGAGUCUUCAAAACACGUCUCUACUACUGAAUCUGAUCUGCCUACAGUGGAGGAGUUGAUGAAACCUAUCAGAAUCGAUUCGAUUGGAGACAAUAGUUUUCAUUUACAGCCUCUAAGCUCUCAGAACAUGACUAAUAGCAAAGACACUAUAAAUGUUCACUCUUUACCCCUUCAGAUAAAUGCAAAUGUUAUAUCUCAUGACCCCAAAAAUGUGAACCAACUUUUUUUUGACAGAAAUGAGGAGAAUAUGAUUUUACAAAAGACAACAAAUAAGAAUAUGGAAAAUAGCUGUCCAACAGUAACUGCUACAGAAGAACAAAUUGAUAAAACAUACCUUGAUAUUUUGAGGAAAAAGAUAUCUGUUAAUUCUUCACUAUUAUCUCAGGAUGACAGAAUUAAUAAAACUUUUAAAUCUCAGCUCUGUCCUACAGAAGAAGGGAAUGUAAGUGGUAAUCAGGCACCAUACAGAAAGGCCAGAAGUGCACCAGCUUUGUUUAAAAGAAAACCCCAGAGUGGAUUAUAUGCAUCAGUUAGGAGCUCAGGCUAUGGUAAACCCAGUUCACCACUAAAGUUGUUUUCUACUCUUGAAAAGAAAACUUCAAAGGACAUGAAAAGCAAAAACUUGAGACCCAUUCCCACCUCACAUCAAGCUAAGAAGAAAGAAAUGUUAUCUGGAACAAAACUCAUCAAACCUGCAGCUUUGAGUAAAGCAUCUCCCAAAAGUGAAAAUUGCCUGGCUUCUCCUAAGACAUCUGAAGAUCCUACAGCAACUGAUUCUUGUGCUCAGUUUCAGACUGAUUUUUCAGAACACAGUGGUAAGAACAAAGAGAAAGAAAUAUUUUUGCUUAAAAGGGUUCAGAAAGCAGAAGAAAAAUGGAGGAGUGCAGAAGCCCUAAUUGAGCAAAUUAAAGUCACAUUCUCAGAAAAAGAGAAAGACCUGGAAAAUAAGUUGGAGGAAGUAAAGCAACAACAGGAAAAGGAAGUAUUCAAGUUAAGUCAAGAAAAUUAUAUUCUUCAAGCCAAGUUAAGUAGUUUUGAAGAAACAAACAGAAAACACAGAUGGUUACAUUUUGGAGAAACUGCUGAUCCUGUCACUGGAGAAAAAUUAAAGCAAAUCCAAAAAGAAAUACAGGAACAAGAGACACUUCUUCAAGGCUAUCAACAGGAAAAUGAAAAAUUAUAUAAUCGAGUAAAAGAUCUCCAAGAACAAAACAAGAAAAAUGAAGAGCAAAUGUUUAAGGAAAACCAGAGUUUAGUCAGUGAAUUAUCUUCCUUAAGAGAACAAUUGAACAAAAGUCGUUUCCUAUCUCAAGGAGUUGAAGAUUCAGAUCCUAAUAGAAACCAGAGUUUUACAGAUCUGUUAGCAGAACUACGGGUGGCACAGAAAGAGAAAAGCAUUUUGUUGGAAGACAUCAAAAGACUGAAGCAAGACAAACAAGCUCUUGAAGUAGACUUGGAAAAAAUGAGGAAAGAGCGGGAUCAAGCCAAAGAUCAGAUUGCUUAUGCCACAGGUGAAAAAUUAUAUGAAAUAAAAAUCUUAGAAGAAACUCAUAAACAAGAAAUCAGCCAACUACAAAAGAGAUUGCAGUGGUAUGCUGAAAAUCAGGAACUUCUGGAUAAAGAUGCAGUUCGGCUUAAAGAAGCCAAUGAAGAAAUUGAGAAGUUGAAACUUGAGAUUGAGAAACUGAAAGACAAAUCUGGGAAUCCAUCUGCUCAGCAGAAGUUACGUUCCAGAGAUAGAGGAACUGAUGCCAAAAAAAUUCAAGAUCUAGAGCGACAAGUUAAAGAAAUGGAAGGAAUUCUGAAAAGAAGAUACCCCAAUUCCUUACCUGCUUUAAUAUUGGCUGCCUCAGCCGCUGGUGAUUCAGCAGACAGAAAUACAGUAGAAUUCAUGGAGAAAAGGAUUAAAAAGUUAGAAGCUGACCUGGAGGGCAAAGAUGAAGAAGCAAAGAAAAGCCUUCGUACCAUGGAACAAGAGUUUCAAAAAAUGAAGAUUCAGUAUGAACAAAGAAUUGAGGAACAGGAGCAGCUACUUGCCUGCAGAUUAAAGGAAAUGCCUCAGAAGCAGCAAGACAAUUCCAGAGUUAAAGUCCUGGAAACAGAACUCAAGGACAUUAAAGAGACCCAUCAAACCAUCGUAAGAGACCUUGAGGCAGAAAUAGAUGUUCUUAAACGUCAGAAUGCUGAAUUAGAACUCAAGAAAAAUGGCACAGACGACAAAGAUUUCCAGUCUAUAGAACUCCAGGUGGAACAGGCCCAUGCCAAAGCUAAACUAGUAAGACUAAAUGAAGAACUGGCUGCCAAAGGAAGAGAAAUACAGGACCUUUCAAAGACCGUGGAGAGGCUUCAGAAGGAGAGAAGGAUGAUGCUGUCUAACCAGAACACAAAGGGCAGAGAAGAGAUAAAUGCCAAAAGGGUGAAAAAAGAUGUUUUACACCCAGAUAAAGGAAACACAAACUACUCUGGAGCCCUGAAUGGCAAGCUGUACCAACCACAUACCUUUACUGAUUCCCAUAUUUCAGAAGUUUUACAAGAAAACUAUAGAUUAAAAAGUGAGCUGGAGGAAUUAAUUUUGGAGAGAAAUACACUAAAGAUGGAAUCUGAAGCAGCAGUGAACCAAUUUGAAAACUCCAUGAAAAGGGUCAAGGAAGACACUGCAGCACAUAUUGCAUCCCUCAAAGCAUCCCAUCAGAGGGAAGUAGAGAAACUCCUUUGCCAAAAUGCUGUUGAAAAUUCUUCUUCCAAAGUAGCUGAACUGAAUCGUAAAAUAACAACUCAAGAGGUCCUCAUAAAACAUUUCCAAAGUCAAGUUAAUGAGCUGCAGAGUAAGCAGGAGUCUCUCGCAGUUUCUCAAGUUCGAGAAGAAAUCCUACAGAAAGAGAUUACAAAACUCUUAGAAGAAUUGAGAGAAGCUAAAGAAAACCAUACACCAGAGAUGAAACAUUUCAUGGGCUUAGAAAAGAAAAUUAAACAGAUGGAAAUAAGACAUAAGCAGAGAGAGCAGGAACUUCAGCAGAUCAUACAGCAAACAUACCGAGUAGUAGAAACUGAGCAAAACAAAGAAAUUGAGAAGUGGAAAAGACUUGCACAGUUAAAGAAUCGGGAGCUGGACAGAUUCCGCACAGAAUUAGACUCCAUAUUAGAUGUUCUUCGGGAGCUGCACCGGCGGGGGGUAGUAGUGCCAGUUGCUUUUGCAGGUGAAGUGAAUGCACCAGAAAUUUAGUAGGAACUCCGGUUUCAGAUGACCUUCUCGAAAGGCCUGAAGAUGAAUAAAAUUGUACCACUUUCAGGACAGAUUUUGAAAAAUGAGCUCCAGUGUGUUGCUAGAAGAAACCAACACAAACUCGCCAUUUUGGAAUAAAUUACCCUUAACCAAAAGGGAACAUAAAAGGUAUCAUGAUACAUUUUACUGAAGAUCAUUAGUCCCAUUUUAAAUGAUUUAUGGACAGGCUUUUUAAGUUAGAUGAUUACAACUGUGUAAGAUUUACUGUAAAAGGUCUCACCUGCAUGCUGAAAAUGGAAAGAAAAUUGUACAUAUUCCUCCGCGUUAUUGAUCAAAGGUGUAGUGAUUUUCUUUGAAACAGAAAAGCAGCUGCUCUGUCUUAAGAAACUGGGUAGAGGAAUGUGAGCCCAGGGGUGUGAUAACCGGCUUGCUGCAACUAUCAGCUGAGUCACAGAGCUCCCUCAGUCAUUUAGAUGAGAAUUCUGACCUCCGUACAGGUAGACAGUGAAUUCUCUGGUGUUCUAAUUUUCCACCCUUUCCUCUAGCUGACUCUUCCUAUGUGGUGUGUGGUGUAGAGUGAAAAGUAUUAGGUUAAUUUGAGGUGCUCACUGCAUUCAUCUUUUAGGCUGCAGCACAGAAAUGCCAGUCCUAAUUUUUUUGUAACUUGAAAAACAAUACAGUAACUUUUACCUUUUCUCUUGAAAAGAAAUCAUUAGGAAAAAAUACAAAUAUGAGUAGCUGCUUUAUUUUACAAUUCCCAUUUCUAGAAACAGGUAGGAAAUAUGUGAGAUAGUGGUAAGUCAAAGCUAAAACUAAUUUUUUUUCAAAUAUUCUUGCCCAGGACUGUGUAAUAAAAAUAUAAUGGGACCUACAUCUAAUUUUUUUAAUGCAUAGUAGCUCCAUAUAAAGAUAAAAAUGAAAAAAUGCAAAGUUCAGGUUUUAUAUUUUUUUCCUAAGUCUUCAGAAUAUGGUUUACAUUUGUAGCACACCUCAGUUUGGGUUAGCUGCAUUCCAAGUGCCCAGUGACUGUGUAUGCCAGUAAGUGCAAUGCAGUGUGAUGAUUACAAAGUAAAGUACUAUAUAAAGACAGGAAAAUUAAAUCUUGGUGGAACUGUGGGCAACAGAUGUGAGACAUAGCAGUUGUUAAAUAUAAGGAAUAUAAUUAUUGUCUUAAUGCCCAGCAUUUUUAAUGUACCUUUUCUAAGAGUAGUAAAAGCAUUAUAGUUUGCUACUUUUUUAAUGUGAAAAUGUUUUAAUUUAUAAUAUAAUUUAUUUUUAUUA